AUUUAGUCAACCUCAAAAAGAUCUUACUUAUCGAAUGGAAAAUCCAGAACAAAGAGAAGAAGGAAGCAGACAAGGUGCCUUUAGUUCAAAAGUUGAUUGCAUUAAACCUGAUGAACAACGUUUGGCUAGAAAAGUGCAAAAUCUUCAUGUUGCGAUCAUUGACACUUUCCCUUCUAUCUUUUUUCCAGAUCUUCAAAUAGAUCGCUUUACACCUGAGUUUGCAAAAAAAUUGCAUCUAAAAAUUGGAAACGGAUUAAUCAAGGAUGCUGGGCAGUAUAGAACGAAAUUUGUUAUGGCAGCACAAGAAAACUAUGUAUACAUGGCACCAGAUUUGAUAAAAGAUAGAAUGGAAACGUUAUUUCGUCAAUGUAGAGAAAAAUUUGAGGAUACAGACUUGCGGUUAGAGGAUGCCAUUAAAUAUGGGGCAUGUUUUCUCAUACACUUUUUGACGAUUCACCCCUUUAUGAAUGGAAACGGAAGAGUAGCAAGAUUGCUUUUGAGCUAUCUUUUAUUAAAAUUCACUGUGGUACCACUUUCUUUAUAUACAGGUGUGAAAGCACGAGAU